CACAUAAUCGAAUUGUUACUAUUCUCUUCUCGUCUUAGUAUGAGAUAAUGAAAUAAGAUGAUUUUAUCAACCUUCCUCCACCUCUUGAAAGACCUCAGUCAACCUUUAAGAGAGUUAACAACAGUUCUUCCUCUUCGCCUACGGAUCUUUAGGAAAAUGACCUCCAACUGUCCAUCAGGGAUGUAAGGACAGGACUUCUACUAAAAAAGCCAAAUCUAAAGGAAAUGAAGUUCCACCGCGACGAGGAGUCCUCAAAAGCCACGCCUACGGGCAAUUCUCCAAACUGCAGCCUCCGGCCACGACUACAACCCGCUCCUUAUUUUCAUUUCUCAUGAGUCAGCGGACUCCAUGUCUGGGAGGACCGAGGGGGGGCUCUCUAGCUGCAGUAGACGCAUCCGACGACGGCUAUGGUCAUGGAGGACACCCAGGCUGUUAACUGGGAGGUUGAAGAAGAGGAGGAGACAAAGAGACCCAAUGAAUCCUUGGGGUGUAGCUUGGAGCCUGUAGGGCGAUUGCAUAUCUUCAGUAGUGCCCAUGGACCAGAAAAAGAUUUCCCCCUAUAUCUCGGGAAGAAUAUGGUGGGCCGAAUGCCUGAUUGCUCUGUGACCCUGCCCUUUUCAUCCAUCUCCAAACAACAUGCAGUGAUUGAAAUCGCAGCUUGGGACAAGGCACCUGUCCUCCAAGAUUGUGGCAGCCUCAAUGGUACUCAAGUCCUAAGGCCUCCUAAGGUCCUAAGUCCAGGGGUGAGUCAUCGGCUAAGGGACCAGGAGUUGAUUCUCUUUGCUGACUUGCCCUGCCAGUACCAUCGCCUGAAUGUCCCUCUGCCCUUUGUUUCCCGGGGCUUUCUAACUGUAGAAGAGACACCCAGGGUACAGGGAGGAACUCAACCACAGAGGCUCCUGUUGGCUGAGGACUCGGAGGAGGAAGUAGAUUCUCCUUCUGAAAGGUGUGUGAUGAAAGAACCAAGGACCUCCCCUUUGGCAGCAGUAGUUCCAGAGAGUGAUGAAGAGGGGCCUUCUCCUGCCCCAGACGGUCGUGGGCUACCAUUUGCCUUCAACCUGGACAGUGACACAGAUGAGGAAGAAAGUCAGCAUCCAGCAGCAGGAGAGGCCUCCUUGGCUGCCAGAACAGGCUCCACUGCAGAGACAGAACAGCCUAAAGUUCUGGCAACUGAAAUCCAGCUUGAAAAGGACCAGUGUUCAGUGAAGGAGAGGAACAAUGACACAAAAGUUGAGAAGGAUGCAAGGAAUGAAGUGGCCCCACUUGGGGCCACUCUGGAGAGAAAUCAAACUGCUGGGGAGGACAGUGACACAGAUAUGGACGAGAGCAGGCCUGCUGAGGUCCAUUUGGAAAGGUCCCAGCCUUCUGGCGUCAUAGACAGUGAUACCGAUGUGGAAGAAGAAGGGAUCCCUGCAACCCCAGCUGUAGUUCCUAUGAAGAGGAGGCAGAUCUUUCAUGGAGUUAGUACAGAGAGUCCUCAGGCACCUGCUUUGGUACAUCUACAGGAGAGCCCACCUGGUAGUGAUAUGGAUGUGGAGCAAAGUGAGCUCCAACUGGCAGUCCCUCCAGAGAGAAACCAAGCCUCUGUCGUUAUUGACAGCAAUACAGAUGAUGAGGAAGAAGUCUUAGCAGCGCUCACUUUGGCGCGUCUGAAAGAGAGCCGAGCCGAUACAUGGAGCAGAGAUACAGACGUGGAAGAGGACAGGGCCCAACCUGUGGCCCUUCUGGAGCAAAGCCGCACCUCUGCUGGGAGAGACAGCGACACAGACGUGGAGGAGGAAAGGAUCCCAAUGGAAAAGAGAGGAACUGUCCCCAAGUGUCCUACGGAUAAGGCACAUUCAGAAAAGAGGCAGUCUCCUCUCCGAGACAGUGAACUAGGGGUGGACAAAAAUAAGAGCUCCCUUGGGGUCCACCUGGAGAGGAGCCAAGCCUCUGCCACAGUGGACAACAACACACAAGUGGAGGAGAAGGCCCUGACAGGGCCAGCUGUUACACUUGUGGGGAAGCGUCAGGUGCCUGCGGUACGGACAAGUCAGACAGAUGCGGAAGUAGAAGGGGGCCCAGCAAAGCCGCCUGUGAUGCAUCCAGAGGAAGCCCCCCGUCCUCCGCUUGGGGACCGCGGGACAGAUGCAGAAGAGGGCACAUCCUUAGCAGCCUCGGCGGUGGCAGAUACAGGAAAGUGCCAGUUUCUGGCAAAAAGGGAUGCUGGGACAGAAUGGGCUGCAGCUGUUCUUGAGCGGGAGAGAGCUCUUGAGGCAAGGGCCCAGGAUUCUGAAGACCUGGACCUACAGGCUACCCAGUGCUUUGUGGAGAGAGAGAAUCAGAGCCCAGAAGCGGUCCAGAGCAUGGAGGAUGAAGCCACCCAGGCCUUCCUGGUUACUUUACCCCAAGAGCCUGGCCCUUCCUGUUGCAGUUUCCAGGCCCCAGGUGCCCUGGAUGAGCCGUGGGAAGUCUUGGCAACACAGCCAUUCUGUCCGACAGAGUCUGAGGCCUCUGAGCCCCAGCCCGUUGCCGCCCUCCUUGAUGCCCAUGGAUCUUGCCCCUCUACACCUCGGACAACACCACAAGCCCAACGUCCAGAGAGCCCAAUUCAUGAAGAGCCACUGGGGAUUCAAGGCAGAGGGAUGCAGACUGUGCAGAAAGACAUGGGUACACCAAGGGAAGCAGUAGGGGGGGUGGCCCCUGAGAGAGGACCAUUGAACAGGGAAACCAAGAGCCUGCCAGCAGGAGAGAGAGGAGAUGUGAUAGAAGAAGAAGCUUUAACCAGAGGGAUACAGGUGUUAGCUGGAGAUAAUCAGGGACAAGAGUCGGACCAAAAGGUGAAAAGUGCAAGUAUUAAAAGGAAGAUGGAGAGUUUAAACAUAGAAAUUGAGAUACCCAGCGAAGUACAAGAGGAAGGGAUAGGAAGAGAAACAUUUGAGAGAGAAGCAGAGAAACUAGUACUAGAGAGAGGGGGUGAGCCAAGCGGAUUAGGCAUCGAGGUGCCAGAAGUAAAGGUGGAGAGAAGCCCACAGAGAGGGGAAACAGGGAAAGGAAGCCAGGACCAGGAAGGGCAGGCUUCCAGUUUAACAACGGAGCCUACAGCAGGGACAGGGGACCAUCAGACCCUUGCUUCAGCCCCAGGAGCUUCUGGGAGCCAGUCAGGUGGAGCCCCGAUGAGCCCCAGGAGGCAGCAGAGAGGUCACAUGACUUGCAAGAUGCCACCUUCUGACAAGGCCUCUGUGGGUGAUCAGGAAUCCGCAGAUGCUUGUCUGCCUCCUGCAGUGCCUGAAGCCUCAACCCCACACCAGAACCCCCUUCUCUCUCAGAGUCGAAAACAUCCUGUGCCCCAGUCCUUCCUUUCUCCUUCUCUAUCUUCUUUAGAGCCCAUUCCCAGGACCACACAAAAUGGGAAUCAGGAAGUUCCAGAGACUCCCUUGUCCUCAGAGAUGGAGCCUUUCCACCCAAAAUCCAAAGUCAGGCUCCGAGGGUCUUCCAGGAAGACGCCCUCCACAAUUUCUUCUUUAGCCCUUGAACCUCACUCUACCAUCCCCACAGACCAGCCCCUCAGUCCCAAGCUCACAUCUCGGGUCACUCGGGGCAGGACACAUAGGUCCUCUGUCAAGACCCCUGAACCAGUUGUCCCCACAGCCCCUGAGCUCCAGAUUUCCACCUCCAAAGACCAGCCUAUCACCUCUGAGUCCACAUUGCAGGUCACUCGGGGUAGGACACAUAGGUUCUCUGUCAAGACCCCUGAACUGGUUGUUCCUAUGGUCCCUGAAGUCCAGCCUUCCACCUCCAAAGAGCAGCCUGUCACUGCUGAGCUCGUAUCUCAGGGCAGGACCCGUAAAUCUGUCAAGAUCCCUGAACCAGUUGUCUCCCCAGCCACUCGGGGCAGGGCACAUAGGUCCUCUGUCAAGAGUCCCAAACCAGUUAUCCCCACAGCCGCUGAGCUCCAGCCUUCCACCUCCAAAGACCAGUGUGUCACCCCUGAGCCCACAUCUCAGGUCGCUUGGGGCAGGACACGUAGGUCCUCUGUCAAGACUCCUGAACCAACUGUCCCCACAGCCCCUGAACUCCAGCCUUCCACCUCCAAACACCAGUCUGUCACCCCUGAGCCCACAUCUCAGGUCGUUUGGGGCAGGACACGUAGGUCCUCUGUCAAGACUCCUGAACCAACUGUCUCCACAGCCCCUGAACUCCAGCCUUCCACCUCCAAAGACCAGUCUGUAAUCACUGAACCCACAUCUGGGGCCACUCAUAGCAGGACACAUAGGCCUUCUGUCAAGACUCCUGAGCCAAUUAUCCCAACAGCUCCUGAAGUCCAGCCUUCUGUCCCCACAGACCAGCCUGUCAUCCCCAAACCCACAUGUCAGGGCAGGACACCCAGGUCUGCUAAGACCCCUGAUCCAAUUGUCCCCACAGCCCUUGACCUCCAGCCUACCACCCCUGGAGGCCAGCCUGUCACCCCCAAACGUACAUCUCGGGGCAGGACACCUAGGUCUUCUAGCAAGACCCCCAAAUCAGUUGUCACCAUGGUCCCUGAGCUCCAGGCUUCCACCCCCACAGACCAGCCUGUCACCCCCAAACUCACAUCUCAGGCCACUCGGGGCAGGACACAAAGGUCCUCUAUCAAGACCUCUGAACCAGUUGCCCCCACAGCCCCUGAACAGCCUUCCAUCUCUACAGAUCAGCCUGUCACUCCCGAACCCACAUCUCGGGCCACUCGGAGCAGGACACAUAGGUCCUUUGUCAAGAUCCCCCAGCCAACUGAGCCCACAGCCCCUGACCUUGAAUCUCUCACCCCCACAGAUGGGCUGGUCACCCCCAAGGCUCAGGGUAGUCAGGGUAAGACACUAAGGUCUUCUACAGUAAGUGCUCUGCCAGUUCUUACCAACCCUGAAUUCCAGUCUCCUGUCCCCACAGACCAGCCUAUUCCCCCUGAGCCCAUCCCUCAAGCCACUUGCCCCAGGAGGCUGAGGGCCACUAGGAAGCAUGGAUCCCUCACAGCUCCCAUUGUCUGUGAGCCCUACUCUGCACUCCCUGAACCUAAAUCUCGGUCCUCAAGGAACCAAAGACAAGGAGCAGUGAGAGCAGUUGAGUCCCUCGGGACCGUUCCCAAGCCUGCCUUUUCCCAGCUUCCUGAGGCCCCCACUCAGGCUACCCAGAUCCAAAAUGUAGAGGCAACAGGCGGAUCUGAGCUCACCCAAGUGCCCCUGCCUAAGGCCGCUCAGAGUCGCAAGAGGCCUUUGGCUACCGUGGAUAAACCCCCACUUCAAAAACGGCUCCAAAGAGGAGAAGUCACCCAGAAGACAGUGUUCCUCAAAGAAGAGAAAGAAGAUCCAAUGGAGAGGCCAAGGAAGGAGGAGGAUGUAGUGGUUCCAGGACCAGGCAAGAGAAAGAGAGACCAAGCAAAGGAGGAGCCCAAGGGAAUCCCAAGCCGCAACCUUCGACGGACCAAACCUAACCAAGAGUCCACGGCCCCCAAAGUACUCUUCACAGGAGUGGUGGAUGCCCGUGGAGAGCGGGCAGUGCUGGCCCUGGGGGGAAGUCUGGCUAGCUCCGUGGCAGAGGCUUCCCACCUGGUAACUGAUCGAGUCCGACGCACGGUCAAGUUCCUCUGUGCCCUGGGGCGGGGGAUCCCCAUCCUCUCCUUGGACUGGCUGCACCAGUCCCGCAAGGCUGGUUGCUUCUUGCCCCCGGAUGAAUAUGUGGUGACUGAUCCUGAGCAGGAGAAGAACUUUGGCUUCAGCCUUCGAGAUGCCCUGAGCCGGGCUCAGGAGCGAAGGUUGCUGGAGGGCUAUGAAAUCCACGUGACCCCAGGAGUCCAGCCGCCACCACCUCAGAUGGGAGAGAUCAUCAGCUGCUGUGGAGGCACUGUACUACCCAGCAUGCCCCGGUCCUAUAAGCCUCAGAGAGUUGUGAUUACAUGCCCCCAGGACUUCCCUCGAUGCUCCAUUCCAUCUCGGGUUGGGCUGCCCAUCCUCUCACCUGAGUUCCUGCUGACAGGAGUGCUGAAGCAGGAAGCCAAGCCAGAGGCCUUCAUCCUGUCCACUUUGGAAAUGUCAUCCUCCUGAAAAUGUCACCACAGUACUCUUUUCACUCCCAUACCAGUAAAUAAAGUGGUAGAAAAGAUUUGGAAGAAAGAACCUAGGGCUUUAGAAAGGAUUGGGUUAUAGUGACCUGAUUUGUCUUGGAACAUGGGUGGGGCUGAAAAGGCUUAUGGGUAAACAAAAAGAUAGGGAGAUUUGGAGUCACAGAUUUCUUAAACGGACACUUAGAGUUGGGUAAUCCCAUACUCAGAUAUCCUAAGUGGCUACCCUUAGCAGGACUGAGGUACUUACUGCUUUGUGGCACACACAGUGUCCUGCCUGCUGUUUGGAAGCCAUUUCUCUUCCUCUUUUACUGGGAUUCUUACUCAUCCUCUGAAAGAUAGUGGAAACAAUUUUAGUGUCAAGAACUUGAAGGGAUGCUUGGAGUGGGUAAUUCGAGGUUGGAGUUAUGGAAUGCUCUCAAGUAUUUUCCUUCUCACUACAUCUUGUUAGAAGCGUUCUUUAGGUUUGACUUUGAGCAAAUCUCUACACUUUUCUGGCCUGCUCUCCCAGUAUUUAUAAAGUUAGAGCUUAGGUUUAAACUCUGAUAAAUAAAUAUUCACUCUGUGCCUUA